GAGAAUGCUGGAGGAAUGGCCAAUCCCGUGUACGCCGGAGAGACCCACAGUGUACGGUCGACGGGGCUUACAGGCUGCGAUCCCAACUUCACUUACCUAGCAGCGGAGCGGCCUGCAGGGAGAGGGCGCGCGAGGCUGUCCCGGGACCUGGGAAAUUGCAGCAGCAGCAGCGAGAAGAUUGCAGCAGAGCCAGAGCGCACAAACUUCGCUCCCAGCGCGCUCGGCGGAGGGCGCCCAGCGGAUCGGAGCCAAGCUCGCUCUCCAAGCGGGCUUGCUGAAGGGAGAAAGCGCCUUGUCCAGAGUGGGAGAAAGGAGAGAGCUAUGCGCUCUCCAAGCCUGCCGGGGAACGUCCUCUCCCUUUGCGCAGCGCUGGUGGUGUGCUUCGAGGUAGCGCGCGGCCAGCAAGCUCUGGAAUGUCAUGCAGGCGGUCAUCAGAUCCUUCAGAGUCCAUACCGAAGUGUUGAUUUUGAUUCAUCACGGCUUCAGCACUCAGCCAUCCAGGACUUAAUAUGUGAUCAUUCAUUGCCAUCAGGGUGGUACCGCUUCCUGAUUUUCGAUAAGCAGGCUGAAAUGCCAACCAAGUGUGUGGAGAUGAAUCACUGUGGGACACAGGCCCCUGUUUGGUUGUCUUUGAGAGAGUCCGAGUCCUUGCCUCAGCCUGGUGAGAUCAAACACUUAACAGCCUGUGCAACUUGGCAGUUUUUCUUCAGCACCACAGAGGACUGCUGCCUUUUCCGAAUUCCUGUGAGUGUGAGGAACUGUGGAGAUUUCUUUGUAUACUUACUCCAGCCCACCCAGGGGUGCAUGGGAUAUUGUGCAGAAGUUACUUCAGGAGCUGAACUGCAGGCCUGCCAGACUGGGGAGAGAGAAACCACAUGCAGUGAGAAAUUACCUACUUCACAGUUGCCACUUCCUUUACCACCCCCUCCAAGCACACCUGAAAUAGUGGCGGUCUUACUUGAAGGAAGCAUUUUCUUAAGGUGCUCCUUUGAUGUUCCUACCACAAACACCUCUGUGGGCUUUCUUGUGGCUUGGUCCAGACUGUCUCCUGAAAGCAUCAAAGAAGAACUGAAGCAAGAGACAACAGUCCAAGCAUUCUCACUCUUAGAACUGGAUGGGGUAAACCUCAGGCUAGGAGACAGGAUUUACUGCAGCAGUUCCACCUUUUUCUUAGAGAAACCAGAAAUGCAGAGUUCACUCAUCGAGAGCAUGGAAUUUUUUGCAGGAAUUAAGCUACAUCCUGAGGCAUUUAUAAUAUCAGAAGAUGGAAAGGAAUACAGACUGACGAUAGAAAGCAAAAUUCCCAUUCCUUGUCCUCAAGCUAGUCAGCUGGAAAAUGACUGCAAAAUCUCAUUAAAAUUAAGAACAACAGAGGAAGGUAAAGCUCCGCAGAGCUUAAACGUGGCUCUUUCUUCUUGCUCUGUGGAGCUUCUUCAGUAUCCCUGCCACAAUGGGACGUGUGGCCACGCCAGCAUCCAUUACACCGCGGUGACGGAUUUCACCCGAAAUGGAGAGAGAGUAACCAGAAUUGCGGCAGAACCUAUUGUUAGUGACAACUUCCUGUGGAAUGGCUACAUGGUGGAAAGUAUUCAGGUUACUGUGAAAGAUCUGCCCUCUGCCUAUUGCUACUCUUUUACUGACCCACAUAUCAUUACAUUUGAUGGCAGGAUGUAUGACAACUUUAAAACGGGAACGUUUGUGCUAUACAGAAGUACUUCCCGUGAUUUUGAAGUCCACGUGCGCCAGUGGGACUGUGGGAGCCUCUAUUACCCAGCAUCAUGUAACUGUGGUUUUGUUGCCCAAGAAGGGGCUGAUAUAAUAGCAUUUGACAUGUGCAGUGGUCAGCUACGUGAUUCGCAGCCGCACUUAUCUGUAAAGAGCAGAGCUUCGGCAGACAGCGGCGUCAGGAUCAGUGAAUCAUAUUCAGGAAGAAAAGUCACGAUCUCGUUUUCUUCUGGAGCUUUUAUUCGCGCCGACGUGAGUGAAUGGGGAAUGAGUCUAACUCUCAGGGCCCCCAGUUUGGAUUAUAAACACACGCUGGGCCUCUGUGGAACAUUUGAUGGCAUUGUGGAGAACGAUUACCACAAUGUGGACGGAACUGAAAUCACUGGAGGAGCUGAUACUUACACAUCUUUUAUUAAUGAAUGGAGGAUUUCACCAGGAGAGAGUCUGUUUGACCAAAUACCGGAUCUUUCAACUCCAGCCAAGGAAAUAGUUUUCUGUAAUUGCAAUGCUGGUGACGUGGGAGAAGACCAACCAGCAAAUAAACUGAAUUCUGUUUUUGAGGCAGAAUUGUCUUUGCCCUGCAGAAAAAACAAACAAAACGCUUGGCUCCCUUCCUUGAUCCCGGGGCUGGAUGUAACCACUGAGUACAUCGGCUCGCUUGAUCCUAUCAGGGGCUUGAGGAAACGUGCUUCCGUGCUGGAGGAGGUUUCUUCUGCUGUUCCCUCCAGAGAGGGACACUCUCGGAAUCAAAGAGCUCUUCAGACAGCAACCCCAGAACGCACAGCUCUCUUUCUGAACUCCAAGACAGGAUUUACAACACACAAACAGGCUGUUUGGGGCCGGGGGGCUGACAGCUACACAGACAAGUUUGGCAGCCAGUGGCGCCGCAAAAGACAUUCACGCCCAAAGCGCCAACAUGACUACGAGUACCUUUCUGUGUUUCCAUCCCAGAGCCUAAGCCAAACAGAUCUGGAUGGAUUUAGCUAUUUCUUCCCAGAAGAUCACAUGGCUGACCCAUACCAAGAGCCCAUCUCUUCAUGGCCUACGCCUUCUGGCCUCACUGAGUCGGAUGCGUUGGACCUUUGCCAGGAGACAGUUGCCAAUUCCAGCAUAGUGAGAGCUUGCAAGGCUCUCCUCGGCCAGUGGGUCAGCGAUGUGGUAGACUUGUGCAUCAAGGAUCUGCAACUGAAAGACGACCUCAGCUGGGCAAAGGCAGGCUUGGCCCUCCUAGAAAACGAAUGUGAAAAGAGAGCUUUGGAAGAAGUUAAUUACCACACUGGAGAAGAAGACAAGAGAUUAUCUGAUGACUUGCUUUUAGCGCUGAAGUGUCCCAACCUCUGCAGCGGGAGAGGUCACUGCGUUGAAUGGGGCUGUGCUUGUUUUCAAGGCUUCAGCUCGUACGACUGCAGCACCUCAUCUGAUCAGGUUCCGGAAAUUACAGAGCUGAACAAUGGAGGGUUGUGUGAUGUCCAGCAGUAUGACUGCACAACUGUGAGAGUUUUUGGCCGUGGAUUCAUGGAGUUGCCAGGCCCCAGAUGUGAAAUUAAUAAGUUGCAGUACAGUGAUAACAAGUGGGUGCUUGGGGAAUCUUUAUUCACCCACGCCACUUUCCACAACACCAGGACUGUGGAUUGCCAACUUCCCACUGAAGGACACCAGAAUGAUGGUCUGGAUCUUGUGGAUGGCCAACCCAUUGCAAAGUGGCAAAUUAAGAUUUCUAAUGACGGGUUCACUUAUAGCAACCCUAAAACAGUGACAUUAUUUGAUGGAGCUUGUCAGAUAUGCGACCCACAAUCAAAUGGAUUUUGCACGUUAAAGGAGAAAACAUGCAACAUAGAUGGACUUUGUUAUGGUGAAGGUGACACAAAUCCUACAAGCCCUUGCUUACUCUGCAGACCGGAAAUAUCAAAGUUAACUUGGUCAAUUGCUGAAAACAACCAGCCUCCUGUAUUUCAAAAUACGCAAGAAAGGCUGCAGACCUUUUAUGGGGAGGAUUUUGUGUAUCAGUUCUCAGCGACGGACGCAGAAGGCUCUGCCGUCGCUUUCUUAUUGAAUUCUGGCCCGCCAGGUGCCAGUCUUUCUCCCGCUGGACUCCUGAUAUGGAAGGCGCUGUCGAAGAAGCCUGAGCUGUUUACCUUUUUCAUAACGGACGACUGCAGUGCCGAAACCCAAGUUGCAAUCGAGGUCAGCGUGAAACCAUGUGACUGCUUAAAUGGAGGGUCCUGUGUGACCGAUACCAAUUUCCCUCCUGGAAGUGGGAAAUAUCUGUGCAUCUGCAUGCCAGGAUUUGAAGGUGACCUUUGUCAAGUGAAUACCAAUGACUGCGCAUCCAACCCCUGUGGCCUUGGCAGAUGUUUUGAUGGAAUAAAUAGCUUCCGCUGUGAAUGUACACCUGGGCUGCAGGGUAGACAUUGCCAAAAAGACCCUGAUGAAUGCAAAUCCAGACCAUGCUUCCCUGGAGUAGCUUGCUUCAACACUAUGGAUUCCUAUUAUUGUGGUCCAUGUCCUACUGGCCUGUAUGGAGAUGGGAAAAGAUGUUAUGCUGGAAUAAAACCAACAAGCAAGGCUCCCUCUGGUCAUUUGACUCCAGAAGAUGGAUAUAACAAAAUAGACUCCAGUGAAAGAAUCGGUGUGGGCAAAAAUCAUGGAUACAGAAUUGCUAGUGCCCAUACUGAUGAAAAUGUCUCUGGUUUCCUGCAACUGUCAACUGCUGAGGUUCCAAAUACCACAGACUUCCCUCUUAAUCCCACAGAUGUUCCCAGAAGUUUCAUUCCCACAGAAGUAGCCAACAGCAGUCCACCCGUUUCUGCAGCCAAAACAACUGUGUCUUCACAUGUAUUCAUUUCCCAGAGCCCAGCUUUGAGAAAGCCUGUUAGUAGUGCAUCCCCUGAUUAUGCAUUAGGUGCCAGUACUGUAAACAUCCAUUCUGGCACCGCAAAGGAAGAGUCAGCAGCAGAUGCAGUAGGCUCUGCAUCUGACACGCCACUUAGGAAUAAGACAGUAUUUCCUGAGAAGACGACGGUGGCACGAGAGCAGAUCUAUUCUCCCCUAGAGGCCAGCGUAACAUUGAGCAGCAAAGCUAACGUGACAUUAAUAACCAGCAAAGAACUGGGAGGAGGAAGUGGCCACAAAUUCCAAAGGCCAUUCGGCAAACCUAAAGACAGCACUUUGCAACCCACCUUUGAAAGGUUUGCUGUGACACUCCAAAGGCCUGGCACGGAUCGAAAAUCAGGCUCUGCGUCAACUGCUUCCCUGUUACUCACUUGUGCAGAGUCACCCUGUUUCCCCGGGGUUCCUUGUGAGCCAAGUGAAAAUGGAAGCUUCAGAUGCGGUCGUUGUCCUUUCGGUUAUUACGGAGAUGGUAUUAUUUGUAGAGCGAUAUGCAGGCAUAACUGUGGUGAAAACAUGGAAUGUGUGGCACCCAAUACUUGCAGGUGUAAGCCUGGUUACUCCGGCCGUAGCUGUCAGGCUGCUCUGUGUCGACCAGAGUGCAAAAACAAUGGGAAAUGCACCAAGCCUAAUGUAUGUCAAUGCCCCCCCGGAUUCAGUGGCCCCAUCUGUGAUGAAGCACAUUGUGAGCCACCUUGCCAACAUGGAGGGACCUGUCUGACCAGAAACCUUUGCACUUGCCCAUAUGGGUUUGUGGGUCCACAUUGUGAAACAAUGGUUUGCAACAGGCACUGUGAAAAUGGCGGUGAAUGUCUUGCCCCAGAUGUCUGCCAGUGCAGGGUUGGCUGGAAUGGACCCACAUGCAGCACAGCUGUGUGUGACCCAGUGUGUCUCAACGGCGGAUCCUGUAUUAAACCAAACAUUUGCCUUUGCCCCAAUGGAUUCUUCGGUGCCUAUUGCCAGAAUGCCAUCUGCAACCCUGCCUGUAAGAAUGGCGGCCACUGCAUGAGAAACAAUGUUUGCGCCUGUCCUGGUGGCUAUGGUGGCCGACGGUGUGAAAAAAGUGUCUGUGACCCGGUAUGCAUGAACAGAGGAAGAUGCGUGGGCCCAAACGUUUGUUCCUGCCCAUCGGGCUGGAGAGGCAAAAGAUGUAACACUCCUAUAUGCCUUCAGAAGUGCAGGAACGGGGGCGAAUGUAUUGGACCAAGUACUUGCCAUUGCCCUCCAGGAUGGGAAGGAGUUCAGUGUCAAACACCCACGUGCAACCGGAAAUGCCUAUAUGGAGGUACAUGCAUACUGCCGAACGUAUGUGCUUGUCGUCCUGGCUACACGGGAGUCACAUGUGCCAAAAAAAUUCAGGUACAAGGACGUCGCGCGUGAAGAACAAAUGUCUCUGGGUCGCACAGUGUGCUGCAUGGAUGCCAGCCAUCUCUGGUGUGGAGAGGAUCACUCAAGACAAUGUUACACGAGUGGCACAAUCUGGCCCCUUCCACAUGCAGAGUGCAGAGUUGUUCUUCAUAUGAAUACUUUGAAGUUCUUCCCUUCCCCGCAAGGCUGCCUCUGUGUAGGGCACAACGCUGCUUUGCCAGUCAUGCUGCAACCUUCCCAGCCAAUCACAUUAAGCAGAAGCCUGUCUAGGGCUCACCUCGAAGCACCCAGGGGCCUGCUUCUCCCCAUGGCUGUGGUGCACAGGCUCUUUGCAGCAGAAAGAUAGUGGCAUCAAAUGUGGGAUCCAAGGGGGACUGGGCUGCUAGAUACUUCCAGGUGAGGUUGGACCAGGCUUUACCUUAACCACAAAUGGCUGAGUAAGUUGCAGCUGGCUCAGAAUAGCAGCAAAUGCCCCUGAUUUACUGGCAAUCAACAUCCAUCACACUGCUACUCUGGCUGGAGUACCCCAAGUUUGUUACAGCAAAGAAUAUGUCUCAGUAUGGUUUUAAAAACCAAUGAGAUUAAUUAAUGCAAAACAUCCAAAUCAGGCAUAAUACACCAUCACUUACGUGUUUGUCAUGGUGCCUCAGAACUAGGUUAUGGCAGCUUUAAAUUUGUGUAAUAAAUACUUGGAUAAAGCAGAUAAUUCAGAUUCCCAAUCCAUGAUAGCUGGAGGGAGCAAGCUUUAGAAAAGAAACCUGUGCCUAAUAUUGCUUGGGAUCCUGUCUUGCAAUUUGUGAGGCGCCUCUGCCAGUUCAGUCGUGGAAUACGACGCUGCCAAUAUGUAUGGUGUAGGAUUCAAUUGUGUGACUUUAAGCCAUCUGUUUACUGCAACUGAUUGAAAAAUGAGCAUUUGGAGACAAUAUGAAUUUGAAACUCUGGAAUGGUUUAUACAUCCCCUCAUAUGUAACAUGCCAGCACCAUAAAUUUGCACCAUACUCUGUGA